GUCGAUGCAUCAAGCGUGGCCCACGAUGCAUAUAUGCUUGCUGAUUUGUUGGAGAAAAGAAUUGAGGAGAUUGGAAAGGAAAAGGUCGUUCAAGUUAUCACUGAUAAUGGAGCUAACUACAAGGCAGCGGGUAAGCAUCUAAUGGAGAGAAUUCCUUCACUGUUUUGGAGCCCAUGUGCUGCACAUUGUCUGGAUCUUAUGCUAGAAGAUAUAGGAGGGUUGAAGGAAUUUAAGAAGCCCAUAGCACGUGCAAGGCGUGUAACAACUUUCAUCUAUAGACAUGGGAGAAUCCUUAGUGCAAUGAGAGAAAAGACAGGUGGGUCUGAUCUUGUGAGACCUGCAGCCACAAGGUUUGCCACAGCUUUCCUCACUUUAAAAAGUUUGCACAAGCAUAGAGAUUCUUUGAAAUCUCUUUUUGUCAGUGAAGCAUGGACUGGGAAUAAAUUGGCAAAAACUAAAGCUAGUGAGGAUGUGCAUGACAUUGUGCUCUCUACUGAGUUUUGGAACAAGGUUGAGGACUGCCUUAGAGCUUCAGCCCCUCUUCUCAUUGUUCUUAGGGUGGUUGAUGGUGGUGAGAAGCCUGCCAUGCCAGAGGUUGCAGCAUUAAUGAAUCAAGCAAAAGAUAGGAUCAAGCAAAGCUUUGCUAUCCCAACUAAGAAAAUCAUAGAUAUUAUUGAGAAGCGUUGGGUGAAGCAAAUGGACCAUCCUUUGUAUGGGACUGCAUUGUAUUUGAACCCAGGAAAAUUACAUCCCCUCAUAAGAGAUGAUGAUGAUGCCACUGUUGGGCAGCUAAGAGGUUGCUUCCUUGAAGUUCUUGGAAGAAUGGUGGAAGAUAGAGAUACCCAAGACAAGAUUGAUGCUCAGUCUUUGGACUAUGAAGCCCUUAGAGGAGAAGCAUUCUCAAAUAUAAGAGCUAAGCAAAACCUUGAGAAAAUGAGUCCUCUUGAUUGGUGGGCCUCAUAUGGUGGUCGUGCUAUUGACCUUCAAAGGUUUGCUAGGCGCAUUGUUAGCCUAUGUGCUUCAUCAUCCGGCUGUGAGAGAAACUGGAGCACGUUCGAGUUUAUCCACACCAAAAAAAGAAAUAGGUUACUGCAUAAGAGGUUGAAUGAUAUUGUCUACAUUUCCUACAAUCGAAAGAUGAAGACUAGGUUUCAAAUAAGGCGGGAGAAUAAAGGGAAAAUCUUUGACCCUUUAGUCAUUGAAGAGUUCGAUUGGGAUAAUGAGUGGGCUGACUCGUCGUAUGUACACCCUCAAGGUGCACGUGGGUGUGAUGAAAAUUACCUCACAUGGGCUGCUGUUGAUGAAGCUCUUGGUGCAUCAAACUCACUUCGAGGACGCAAUCUCCCAAGGAAUGCAAGCAGUAGGUGUGCAACAAAUUCAAACCCAAGGUUGGAUGAAGAUGAAUCAGGUUUAGGCAAUGAAGAGGAAGAAGAUGAAGACCCACAUGAUGAUGCUUAUGUGACAGAUUCUGAGGAUGCUCCUCCCGAUGGUGGAGAAAGCAUGGAAGGAUUGCAAGCUGCAAAUAACCAUGAUGAGUUUGAUGAUGGAUAUUGAGUUGGGGUUGUCUUUUGAGCUGGGGUUGGCUUUUGACAGAUGUUACUUAUGCUGUAUUUUUAUGGACUGAUGUAUCUAAGUUAUGCUACUUAUGCUGCAAAUUAUCCCAUUAGUAUCUAAGUUUAUGGACUGAUGUAUUGAUGUUACUUAUGCUGUAUUUUUACCCAUUAUGCUA